AUGGAACUACUUCAAGACUCCGAUUCCUUCUUCAAUCUCCUAGAAUUCGAAUUCCACUCACCACCGCCGGCGUUGUUCUCGCUCCCGCCGAUCAAAUUCGAAUUCGAAGAUUUCGAGUACAUGAAACCGUCGGAAGAGGAAGAGUCUCCGGUUCAAAAUCCGAGAAGGCAUCAGGAACGACAAUCGACGCGGUCGAGCUCGCCCGAGGCGGGCUUAGGUUCCGAUGGCGGGAGGCGUUACAGAGGAGUACGGCGGCGGCCGUGGGGGAAGUUCGCGGCGGAGAUCCGAGAUCCGAGUAGGAAAGGGAGUAGAGUUUGGUUGGGGACUUUCGAUUCGGAUGUGGAUGCGGCUAGGGCUUAUGAUUCCGCUGCAUUUAAAUUAAGGGGAAGAAAGGCUAAGUUGAAUUUUCCCUUGGAUGCCGGAAAUUCCGAUCCGCCGCCGAGUAACGGCCGGAAGAAGAGGCGAGAGACGACGGUAAAUUGA